AUGGACCUGCCGCAGAUCGAGUCGCUGGGCGAGACGCUGUCGGCCGCGACCGAGCAGCAGCGCCGCGUGGCGGUCGGCGGCACAAUCUCGUCGCUGGCUGCCCGCUACGAGCAGUGGCGCACGCACCUGCUGGCUGCCCGCGGCGAGCUGGAGGCGCUGAUCGACUUCUCCGAGGACCAGCACUUUGACGAGUCGCCCGUGCAGCUGUGCGCGUCCGUCGCCGACCGGGUCCGCGUCCUGCGCGCCCACAUGGAGGCGCACGUCGCCAACGCCGUGCGCGGCGAGCUGCUCCGCAACGGCAUCGCCGUGGCCCUCGUCGGCGCCCCCAACGCCGGCAAGAGCAGCCUGCUGAAUCGCAUCGUCGGCCGAGAGGCGGCCAUUGUCUCGCACGAAGCUGGCACAACGCGAGACAUUGUCGACGUCAGCCUCGAUCUGGCCGGCUGGCUGGUCCGGAUCGGAGACAUGGCCGGCCUGCGCAGGCCUGGCCUGGUCGGAGCAGACGGGGUCGGCGCAGUCGAGCAGGAGGGCAUCAGGCGCGCCAAACAGCGGGCCCUCGAGUCGGACGUCCUGAUUGUCGUCCAGGACGCCACGGCAGACAUGGACCCGGAAGUCGCAGAGACGGCGAAGCAGUGCAUCGACUCGGGCAUCAACGUGCUCGUCGCCGUGAACAAGAUCGACCAGCUCCCCUCAACACCCGGCGUCGAAGACGCAUGGAGAGCACAGCUGCACUCGACCCUCGGCAUCGCCGCCGCGCAUGUCUCCUUCAUCUCCUGCGUCGACGCCUCGACCCCACUUCCAAAAGACCCCGGGAACAUACAAGCCUUCCUCUCCACCCUCACCCGUACCUUUUGCGACAUGACUGCCGCCCUCGUCCCCGACUCUGGCUCUGAUUCUGGCUCUGACCCCUCCUCUGACCCCUCUGACCCUGACCCUGACCCCUCCCUCUGGCAAGAGUCCCUCGGCGCAACAGAGCGCCAGCGCAUCCUCGUCUCCGAAUGCCUCGCCCACCUCGACUCCUUCCUCGCCGACGCAGCGGGCGACUUUGACGUGGACAUUGUGCUUGCCGCCGAGAGUCUGCGCAGCGCCGCCGACGCGCUGGCGCGGAUCACCGGGAGGGGAGAGGGGGGCGAUGUCGAGGAGGUGCUGGGUGUAGUUUUCGAAAAGUAA